AGUCGUGCUUUGCAGUUCAAUAAAUAAAUACCAUUUUAUCUGCGUUUUGCGUGUGAUUGAAAAUUUCCACAAAAAAAAACAUUGCAAGACUUUUGUGAAUAUAUUUUGUUCUAUUAUUUUUUUUUAAAAUUUUUUUACGUGUGUGACAAAACUUUUUUAAUUUAUUUUCCUUGUGUUGGCGUGAUUUUGAUUUUUGGAACUUUUACGCAGACUUUCGGCGCAAGUGAUAUAUACAUAGAUAGGUGUAGUAUAUUUUGUAUAUAUAUAUUUUUGAGGAAAGAAAGAACUUUUCUGUGUUCCCCAAAGUGUUUACACAGCCUUCAAAAUAGAGUGUGUGUAUGAUAGUAGUAUCAACACGGCCCAAGAGAUGAGUCUUAAGAAAACUAGUCGAAUGAAAAGCCUCUCGUUGAAUGAUGAAUUUCCAAUUCCGAUCUCCACAUCGCAUUUGGGAUCUGGAACACUAUCGUCAAGGUCAAGGCAUUCAGCUUUGAAUAAAAGAGCUGAAGAAAUAAAUAAAAUUGUGCGGUACAUUGAUGAUAACGUCAUUGGCAAAGGAGCUGCAUUUCUUGGACCAUAUGGCAGGCGUAAAGUCGUAUAUGCUAAUUACACAUCUUCUGGCAAGUCCUUGCAAUUCUUUGAGGACUACGUCAACAAAGAGGCGCUCUCAAUGCUUGGUGAUAUUAAUUGCACAUCAACUGUGACCGGAUUGCAAUCGAAAUUGUACAACAAUGAAGCGAGAGAUCUUAUAAAAUCCUCCGUCAAUGCAUCGGCUGAUGACGAAGUGAUCUUGUGCGAUGGCACCCACAUGAGUCCUGCUGAAAUUGUUUUAACACUACUUAACAAUAGAAUUACUUUGUGUAGUGAAAGUGAAAGAAUUCUAACAGAGUGCAUCAAUAAGUCUCUGUCGUCGCCCGUUGCUGAACAAGUAACACUUUUUGUUAGUACGUGCGAACCCAUCAGGAGUAUCCAGCCAUGGAUUGAUUCUGGAGCUCAGAUUGUUAGGGUAUCCAAGAAUCGCGAGGGAUUUUUGGAUCUUGUGGAUUUAGAGAAGAAAUUGGCAAGCCAUAAAAAUAGUCAGAGACAAUUGAUUGGAUUUUUCUCAGCAGCAUCACGUCUAACAGGAAUACUCACAGAUGAUGUUGCCACAACGAUUCUUCUCCAUCAGUAUGGUGCCCUCGCAAUGUGGGAUUAUAGCAUGGUGGCACCUUAUUCAGAGGUGAAUAUGAAUCCUCAAUUGCCAGGUGCAUCGAAGGAUAUCAUUUAUUUUAAUGUGAAUAAAUUCAUCGGUGGAGUUCAGGCGCCAGGAAUUGCAGUGAUAAAACGAUGCUUAUUGACAAACCCAAAUGUGCCAUACAACAGUCUGGGUGUAAUUGGCGCUAUAAGAGCGGGAUUGGCCAUUCAACUCAAGGAAUCCCUUGGAACGCAAUCAAUAAUGGCAAGAGAGGAGAAAAUAUGCAAGCAAAUCUUAUCACACAUUCGCACAAUCCCGGAGAUUAUAUUGGUUGGACCUUCGGGAAUGAUUCCCAAGCGUCUACCGACAAUUUGCUUUCUCGUGAAGCACCCCCGAGGCGCAUUUCUCCAUCAUCGAUUUAUCGUGGCUGUACUCAACGAUGUAUUUGGCAUUCAGGCCACAGCAGAGAGUCACAUUGGCAGAGAAAUUGGAAUCUCUGAGAAAUUUUCCAUAGAGUACGAGCGCAUCUUGACUGAUGAUGACAAUGAGAAGCUACGCCCGGGCUACACACGCAUCUCCCUGACGUACUUUAUGUCCGAACAAGAGACUGGCUUCAUUCUUGAGGCACUCAAAAUGGUGGCUACGGAGGCAUGGAAGCUCCUGCCGCAGUAUGAAUGUGAUCCAAUUACGGGUGAGUGGAGGCAUCAUUCGAAUUCACUGGCAAAGGAGAGAAAAUGGCUGGGAGCCAUACGAUAUACCGAUGGGCGGAUGCUCUUCUCCGAUCGACGUAUAUCGGGACCGGGUACAUUUCCACAAAACUAUCAGGAUUGCCUCCAUACGGCCCGGUGUAUUUUCAAUAGGGCACGCAAAAUGGCCCAGAAAGCAUCAAAGUCCGAAAAGUUAGUAGUGCGACUGAAGGAGAACAUUGAACCACUACGGUGGUACAUGCUUCCGGGGGAGGCGCAUGAAUUGCUCCUUGGCAAUUCACAAAAUGUUAAAAAUGUUGUGCCAUUUGACCCCAACAAUGUUUCAGAAGCACCCGCCCUUCUAUUUAUCCACCGUCAUAAUAGUCUGUCAGCACUGGAUAUAAAAAGUCUGAGAAAUCGAAGUCUUCCAAUAUCACCACUUCAGAUACCUCUGCAGCGUCAUCAAUCUUCACCGAAUCCAGUAAAUCCAGCGAAUGAUGGCAAGUACGUUGAAUGUGUAUCCCCACCCACUGUGAGGUUUUCUCUCGGGGGAGAAGUAACGACAAUAGGAAAUUUCGGAUCACAGAGGAUAUCGAAUAUAAUAGCAAAUGAGGGUGGCACUCCUUCGAGAAAUAGAUGUAAUAGUUGGGGAUCCGUGCCCGCAUUGAGUCCACAAACGCGAAUUCAUUUGGGCCUAAUGCCCGACCAACAGCAAACAAAUGGAGUUAAGAGACGUCAACGUGUCUGCUCAUGCAGUAGUCAAACAGAUUUAUUUAACACAGCUUCAUCAUCUGAGAAUGCAUCACCCACACCAAGUCUUCAAAACUUAUCGCAGAGUGGAAGCUUCACAGAAUGUACCGAAGAAAUUCAAGCGUACGUGAAAGAAGUCACAGAGGAAUUGGCCACGGAAAUAAAAUCCGAAAUUCGUGAGGUGAUUUCCAAAGUGGAAGAUGUUCUUGAGAGUUCUGAUUCGGUUGAUAUGAAUUCUCUGGGUGUUUCACUGUACAACACCACAUUGGAUUCCUCCAAGAAUGACUCUGUGUCGGUGUCUGAUGUCACAGAGUACCUCAAGGAGUUCUCCAAGGAGAUGGCGAGUGAGGUGAAAUCAGAGAUUCGGGAGGCCUAUACGACUGUGAUUGAGGAGCACACAGAUCCAGCGGUGAUAAUGCGUAAGAAGGGUUCGCACGAGGAGAGCCCCGAUACGAGGAGUAUCCUUGUGCGGCAGCCGAAGCUCAGUGAGUCGGCAAUUGGGAGUGAGAGUCAAAUUUGCACGGAUUGCUUCAAAAAGCGAUCUGAAUCAUUUCCACGACCCAAUUCAGCCAUUGGGUGGCAUCAACAAACCGCCACAAGUCCGGAAACUUCUACCCCCAAUUGUCCCUACACUGGAACAAUUUCCAAACUCAUUGAUCCCAUUAAUACGGCAUCGCAGGAUUCGGGGAUCAAUAUGUGCUUCACGGAAAGUGAUGAGGUGCGUGUGAGGCACAGUCAUCCAUCAACAGGCUUCAGAACAAAUUCAGUCCCAGCUAAUGGAAGUGAAAGGCCAGACUACAAACUGGCCGGUGAUAAUUUUUCCAGCAACAAUAUUAAGAAGAUUGACUUGAAAUUGAACAAAACAACUCCCACCACAUCGGCGAACAAGGAAAAAAUUGCCAAAAAACCAAUUGGACAUGCAAAAGUUGACAACAAAUGGCAUCAUGUGCCAAAAGAAAUCUGGACUCCAGCAGCUGAGGUUAAUCCAUGAAAUAAGAAUAAUAUUUUAAAGUACCGCAUUAACUGGUUGAGUAAUAUUUUAAUAACCCAAACGGUAACAGAGAGUAAUUUAGAGAAAUAAUAAUAAUAAAAAAAAAGAAUAUUAAUCGCACUUUUAGCUAAAGUAUGCGGCUCGCACUAAAUAUAUGCAAUUUUUGAAAUUCUCUCUCUUCACUUUAUGAAUUUAAAAAAGCAUGCCCACACCACACCCCUCCACAACGCUUCAAUCCGAAUUAAUAACACAUUUUUUGCCGUAGAUUUAUUCCUCAUCCAUUCUCCAGAUGCGGAAAACGCGUCGGGGGAAAAAAGUGUAGCAAGUUGGUGCCAAAUUGAGGAGGAAAACUAGUCUAAUAUUAUUAAAGUGAAAGAGUUCUUCUAAUGAUUUUUUUCGCCUCUAUUUCAUAUCUUAUUUUGGCUCACAAAUUGUAGAUGUAAAUGUACAAAUUAAUCUUAUAAGCAAAUUAUUUUAUAAUAUUGAUUUUUGCUAGUAUAGAUAGAAAACUAAUAAUUUUUUUAUUAAAGAACAAAAUGCAAUUGGAAGUCAAAGUUAGUCUUUUUUUAAAUUUUGAAUUUCAAGAUAAACAAUUUAGUUUUACCAAAAUUUCAUUUUCCUAAAUUAUGAAAAUUAGUUUUUUUUUAAAUUAAUUAUUAAGUUAGAAGUUCCAUAAAUGGCCUCUUUGAAGUUUUAUAGGUUUUUUUUUGAAUUUCCAAAAAUUGAUCUUUUAUCAAAAAAUAAUUUUUAAAUAAGUUAUCUCAUUUACCAAAGAGAAUUAAUUGCUUUUGCUUAAAAUUUUUAUAAAAGAAAUUCUUUUAAAUUUAAGAUUCAUUUAUAAGAAUAUUUUGCAUUAGGCAGCGAUUUAUUUAAAUAAAAAAUUAGAAAGUUCAAAAUUAUUUUUAAAUUGAAUAAGGCUAAAAAAAUAAAAUAAACUUUGUGAAUUAAUCUUCCCUAAGUUAAUUUUAUUUUUAAUUUAUUCUCGUUUGAAAGUUUCAAACCUACAGGCCCUUAGAGUAAUGUUCUUUGCCAAAUAUUACACACUAUAUAUAUUGUAUACAUAACUUACUCAUGAUAUGUACUCCAGAGUUGAAUAUUGUAAAAAAAAACUCAAUAAACUAAAUGUUCUAAUGGCGUUGACAUCUAA